GUCGGGUCGGAGCGCAUGCGCGCUGCGCGCCGGACGCGGAACGUCUGCCGGUGUGCCCGCGCUGCUGGUCCUGGGGUCCCUGAACCGCGGGCGGCCCCGCUCCCUCCGCUGGCCAUGGCCCCCCCGCCCGCGUGCCGGUCCCCGAUGUCACCGCCGCCGCCGCUGCUGCUGCUGCUGCUGAGUCUGGCCCUGCUGGGCGCCCGGGCCCGCGCCGAACCCGCCGGGAGCGCCGUCCCCGCGCAGAGCCGCCCGUGCGUGGACUGCCACGCCUUCGAGUUCAUGCAGCGCGCCCUGCAGGACCUGCGGAAGACAGCCUGCAGCCUGGACGCGCGGACGGAGACCCUAUUGCUGCAGGCAGAACGCCGUGCCCUGUGUGCCUGCUGGCCGGCAGGGCGCUGAGGACCACGCUGCUCCAUGUCAAUAAAUGCCCAGUGGCACACCUGU